UGUAAGGUGACAGCUGUUGCUUUAAAUCAUUUUCUCUACAAUUUCGGGCCUUGCAAAGGUCUAAAAAAGAAAAAGGUCGAGUGUGUUAUAUAAAUUCUCAAGGAUUCGAUGAAAUUUUAAAGAUACAUUGAAGAAUCUGAACCAGACGAGGACUCCACCCCAUGGCGCUGGCGGACGAGAACCACUUGGAGUACGUUAAGCAAGUGGUCCAAGACUGGCGCGAGUCGGUGCGGGAGAGGCGCAAUAUGGAUUUGUAUUCAGCCACGUCCAGCCUGGUGGUCUCAGAGAAAAACAUGCAUUUUACCGAUUCUAAACCACGGGGCCGGGGAAAUCCAAUGGGCACCUCGGAGCGCCGCGAGUCCAGCUUCUACCACCAAACGUUUUCGAAAGGAAACAAUCCAGUGGAGAUCGAGCGGAGCGAGGGGAACACAGAGUCGGACCGGAUUCGGGUCGGCAACGAUGUGAAUCUCUACCUGCACCAGCCAGUACCUAUCAACAACGCUAUAAGGGCCUCCUUGCAGCAUGACGCCCAUGCGACCAGUGACACCAAAGUGACAAGAAAGUAGGCAUGGUAUAGGAGGCGGAAACGGUGAAAUCAGCAUAUAUUCUUGGGAUCCUUCUGGAUCUUGCCCUUACCCAGUACAAUACUAGUAAUUCUCUAUUCUACCAAUGAUUUGAUCUAAUAAUAAAACACACUCGACCAAAAUUCAUUCGAUAAU